AUGGGCAGAAAUAAGAACCGUAAACUUGAGGUCCCUUUGAGAUCAAAGCUGAAGAAGGACCCUGGUGUUCCCCGUCUACCCAGCCUCAAAGUCCGUAAUGUGGAGAAGAGGAUGACCCGCCCGCAUCCUGGUCCUCAUACUACGGACCCGGACGCGGAAAUGGCUGAAGAACCCACCCUCUCCUCACUGGCUGCCACCUCUGGGAACUCGACACCUACGGAGAGCAAAUUCUCUACUGGACCAUCAUCGUCUUCAGGACCGGUCAAGACUAGAGAACAACUGCGCAAGCAUUAUAUUCGCUCACUGCACAAGGUCAUCGACGAAAGCGACAUCGUCCUCAUGGUGCUGGACGCACGAGAUCCAGAAGGCUGUAGGAGUCGACUGGUGGAGGAAGAAGUCAGGCGCAGGGAGAGCGACGGGAAGAGGCUGAUUUUCGUGUUGAACAAGAUCGACCUCAUUCCGAAAGAGAAUGCGCAGGCAUGGCUGCGGCAUCUCCGCCACACCACCCCUACCCUCCCUUUCCGCUCGGCCACACAACAUCAGCGGACGAAGCUGUCCUCGUCCACCGCACCUGCGCUAGUCCGUCUACUGAAAGCGUAUAGGCCAAAUCCUGCACAGAGCAUGACCGUAGGCGUUGUCGGAUACCCUAACGUCGGCAAAAGCAGUCUUAUCAACAGUCUCAAACGCUCUAAGGUCUGUGCAGUUGCCGCGCAGCCUGGACACACGAAGGAGCUGCAAUCGGUUCAGCUCGAACGCGGUCUCCGUAUCCUUGACUCACCAGGAGUUGUCUUCGAUGACGACGAUUUCGAUGCGAGCAAGAGCAAGUCCCGGAGCAAUGUCCUGUUAAGGAAUGUCAUCAAGGUCGAGGACAUUGAUGAUCCGAUCUCGUUAGUGGAGGAGAUUGUCGCAAGGACAGAUCCUGAGCUUUUGAAGAAGAUCUAUAAUCUGCCACAAAUCGGUUCUACCCUCGAAUUCCUGACGAUGCUAGCGCUGACCACUGGCCGACUAAUGAAGGGCGGCACUCCUGACCUGCUGGCCGCGUCUCGAAUAGUUCUGACCGACUGGAAUCACCAGAAGAUACCGUACUAUACCGUGCCUCCUACAGUACACCCCUCGCUUAUACCGUCGACAGUCAAGGCGGGCGGAGAGCUGACGGUGGCUCCCGGUGCAGAGAACGUUGGGCAGGCGCAGAUCGUCAGCGAGUAUUCGAAACCUUUCUCGUUAGAGGGGCUAUUUGGCGCUGCCGAUGCCGGCGCAUUCGGUGAGGCAUCGGGUCCAGACGCGAUGGAGCUCGAACGUGAAGAGGAAGUUGUGGACGAGAUGGACGAGGACGGGAAACGGAUGGAGUCAGAUGAUCUGGCACCCAUCAUCCCCCGGAAACGUUCGCGCAGCGCAUCGUCAGGAGACCUGGAGACGGAGGCUAUCCCACAACCUGUCCCUGAAUCGAAUUUGCGCCCGCCGCCGAAACGGCUCCGGCGCUCGCACGAAGUGCCUGACUACAAUUCCCCUGUGGAUGAGCAUACUCGGCGGACGAUGGCGAGCGCGAACCCUUUGAGUCGGCACGUGCUCAGGAAGGAGGCGAAGAAGGCGCGGCGAGCCGCGACGAGGGCGAUGAAUGCACAGAAGGCGGGCGCGGGAGGUAUGGAAGUGGACGAUGACGGCGGUUUGGCGACGUCAUUUAUGGCUGGGGUGGCCGGCUAG